GCCAUUGUUUUCCUGCGAGCAAAUGCAACCUCGCUGUUGCAGCCGAGGACCGAGAAGAUGACUUCGUGCACGGAUCCCCUGGGUUUGAACAACAAGAGGCUCUUCAAGGACCUGAAGAGCAGCCUGCCCAAGGUCACCAGGGACUCCAGGAACAUCCUCGAGAUCAGGGACGACAUCCUCUACGUGUGGCAUGCUGAGAAAUGCUGUAUUCUCACCCUCAACGUCACUGCGGUGCGUGGCAAAAACGAAGAUGUUCCCUAUCAGAGUCUGCAGCCGACGGACCCGCCGAUCUUCGAGGUGACCAACCUGCUGAUCAACGAGACGGUGACGCAGCUGGUGCUGUGGGGCAGCCUGGGCAUCGUCGUGGUCGAGCUGCCCAAGCGCUGGGGUAAGGAGGGCAAGUUCCAGGGCGGCAAGGAGGUCGUCUCCUGCCUGAGUCACAAUUUGGACGGAUCCUGCUCUCAACUGUCGACGCUCGAGGUCCGGAAGGUCCGAUGGCAUCCGGGAUCGACGACCGACUCGCACUUGGUCGUGCUUACCUCCGGGAACAUUUUCCAACUGUACGAAUGCGAGCUCGGAGACGCGCCAAAGUUGACGAGGACUUGGAAAGUCGGGCCGAGCUUGCACUCGCCUUCGAAAAUACCGAAUUUCAUGUCGCUGGGCGACACCGCCGUCGAUUUUGAUUUCGCCACUCCUACCGUCAAGCAGGACGGCGAUAAGGAAAUCGAUGUCAAUAAGGUUUCCUGGAAACAAAUCGAGUGGCCGAUACUGGUACUUCGUGGUAACGGCGACGUUUUAAUUGUUCGUGGCAACGUUUUGAUAAAUCAGAACAAGCCCGUUGUCUUUGGAAGUCUGUCCAUGUACCCUCAAGCCGUCGAUAAUUAUGGAGUCGAGUCAUGUUCAAUUAUGUGUUUACAAACUACCCCUCCGAUCGUAGUCAUAGCGGAAUGUACAGGAAAAAUAUAUCACGCAAUCUUAAUGAAUGAGAAUUUGGAGGAAGAUGAGAAGAAAACGUGGUCGCAGUAUGGAUCGACCUACAGUCUCCACACUCCCGAAGAAGCUCUGUACGUGUAUGAAUGUGUUGAAAUGGAGUUGGGUCUAUUUUAUAACGAUAACGAUAGCAAGUACACUUGCCCUAUAAAUUUACACGGAGACCGCGAAAACCGAUCAAGAUAUUUUUGCUCGCACAAUGCUGGUAUUCACGUCGUGCACGUUCCGAUGGUUACGCAACUCGAUGACUACGUCAACGCUAACGAAGAAAGCGUCGAUCUCUAUCUUCCGAAUCUAAUAAAGCAUUCAAGCGCACAAUAUCUCGUGAGCACCCGCACGAAAUACACAGCCAGAGAUGAAGCCACACCGGUUCUCGGAUUCGGAUUGCUUCUGGAACCCUGUAUCCUGAUUGCGCUGCUUCAUACCGGAGUUGUCAUCGAUAUCUCAGUCGUUGACUUUUAUUAUAUUCCUAAAAUUGAAACGACUGCAGCCGUUGUCAGCCCAAGUAAAAAGGUAACCAAAGAAGCCUUUGAUACCUACAUAAAGCAGUUGUUGAAACGAGAAACUUCUCAGCCAAUUACCAUGAUCGGACUGCGUCAAAAUCUCUCGUCUCGUGAAUAUUUGGAGUUACUUAUCCGGGCAACUACGGUCUUCCGCAAGCAUUUUGUUCAUCACGAUAAAGUCCGAGACGAAUGUAAUAGGAAGGUUCGAACGUUGAAAGCUUUGAAAACCCAUCAAAUGAAAGAGCUUGAAAGUUUGACUGCAAUGAAGAAAGACCUGCACGAAAAAGCUGGAAAUUUAGCUGAAAGAUACGAAGACAUAAAAGACAAACAAGAAGAACUCGCGCGAAGGGCCGAGGAAGUUCUCAGAUUAGUUCAUCUAAAAGAGCCAAAUAUGAAUCCUAUAGAACGGGCGGAGGGGGAAGAAAUAAGGAAAAUGUCCGAUAAAGUAAAAGAAUUACACGUGCGUCUUGAGCAACUAAAAAAGAAAAAGGCUGCAAAUCAAUCAUUACUGAAUGAGGCCGAGAAAAGUGAAGCGAAAAAUGAAAUAGUGUUCAGGCAGUCCCAAAUCGAUACUAUAACAACAAAUCUAACUCAAAUGGGAAAAGAUAUCGCUGAAUUGAUUGUUCGUGCAAAAACGCUCCAGGAGCAAGUAGAUUUUUAAUUUAUGUAUUAUCAAAUUCAUUAAAAAUUUAUAUAUUUACUAGAAA